GGCUCGGACUUUGGCGAAACUCGCCCGAGCCGCAGCCCCCUGAGCUCGCUGCUCUGCUCCGCGGUGCUCUUUUCGAGGGAUGUGCCAUGGCUCCCUCGUCUUUCUCCUACCCGACGCCCUCGUCUGCGGCCUCCGCACGUCUGAGGGGCCUCAGAGAGCGAUGGCUGAAGCUCUACGACCUGGUCGUCGAAAUGCGUCGUCGCUUUCCCGCGCCAGUCGACUCCAUGGGCUGCCAUGUGCUCCCAGACUACGUCAAGCAGUCCCAGUCAAUAGCAUCUCAGAACCUACAAAUCCUCAUCUCUCUCCUUCUCUCCUCACAGACAAAAGACCAGCACACCUUCGCCGCUGUUCAAGCCCUGCGCGACCACCUCCAUCCUGACGAGAUAACUCCUGCCCGAAUAUGCUCACUAGACGACAAAGUUCUGGAUACCCUGAUCCAUGGGGUUGGCUUCCAUGCCAAAAAGACAGUCUACAUGAAGAAAAUAGCGGAAAUGCUGCUCCCCGGUCGCGGACUAAACGAACGUAUUCCUACAGACCUCAACACUCUUGUCAAAACCUUCCCCGGAAUCGGACCCAAAAUGGGUAUUCUCUAUCUCCAAAAUGCGCAGCCGUAUCCAGGUGAUGCCUCUGAAGAUAACGAGGAUUCUAAAAGCGACAAGAAAGAGAGCGAACAAGACUUUGGGCUCGCAGUUGACACUCACGUUCUCCGUCUAUCCCAGCAAUUCGGCCUCGUCUUUCCUCCUUCCUCAUUCCGCAAUACGUCUAAAGAAGUCACGCCAGAAAUAGCACGCGUGCAAAUCGAGGAGAUCGUGCCAAAAGAGCACUGGAAGGAAGCUAAUCCAUUACUAGUGGGCUUCGGCCAGACUAUCUGCGGUGCACGCUCGAAAUUGUGUGGCAAUUGUAUUAUUGCCGAAACCGGGCUUUGCAAAGCUGUCGACCGGCGCAUGCUCACUUCUUCAGUUACUACAAAGAAGAGGAAACUCGAGACCGGCACUACCUCAAAGUAUUUUGAAGCUACCACAGACGAAAACUCGAUUAAAGUCGAAAAGAUAGUAGAGGUCAAAGUCAAACGGGAGAAAACAAUUAAACAGGAAGUGCCUUUCACUGACAUUGAGGAACUUGUAGGCGGUAGGACACUACGGUCUGGGAGAUCAAGGUAGGCAUGA